ACACACACUCUCGUUAUACUAAUCAGGGUAAACUGCCUCGUCAAGAGCGCCACUCAAACCACCAGUUACGAUGACACUCCCACACCAGAGUUCCUCAAUCCCGGUUGGAUGGCGUCCAUCCCCGACAGUAGACUCCUAUCUGAGGUCACCAUGCCUGGCACACACAACACCAUGGCUUUGUAUGGAGGCUCUCUGGCCCGGUGCAACUCUUGGUCCCUGGCCCAGCAGCUUCGGGCAGGCAUACGUUUCCUGGACAUCCGCGUACGGCACGUGAACGGCAACCUCACCAUCCACCAUGGCAUCUCCUACCAGUGGGCGCACUUCGGCGACGUCAUGAAGGGCGUGGCAGAUUUCCUGUCCGAAUGGCCCAGCGAGACGGUGCUGAUGAGACUGCGGGAGGAGCUGAGCGAGACGGGCGAUAUCUAUGGCGCGGUGGUGCGAUACAUCAAUGAGUACGCCAGCUGGGACCUGUUGUGGCACAGCCGCCUGGUGCCCACAAUGGGUGAGGCCAGGGGCAAACUGAUCGUCCUGCAGGAAUUCUCUGGGCCUGACCUGGGCAUGCGCUACCGGUCUCUGGACAUCGCAGACGACUGGCAGGUGCCAUCUCUUCAGACUGAACAUGUCGAUCAGAAGUGGUCAAGCAUCCACACUCACCUCGAGGCAGCGGAGGUUGGCAGCAAAGACCGCAUCUUCCUCACGUACUCCAGUGGAGCGAGCAUCCUUGCACACCCCAACUCCCUUGCCAAGCGUAUUAACCCUCGUCUGUACGACUACCUGAUCGAACGCGCCAACCAGAAGAGGCGUUACGGUAUCAUCACCAUGGACUUCCCAGCUGCUCCGCUUGUGAAACUCAUCAUUGGCUUUAACUCCCCAGGGGAAUAUAGCUCAAACACAUUUCCCUUACCACGCACCAUGUCACCCUCAGUCAAUAUUUUUCUGUAAACCCCCAAAAGCGAUAAGCACUGGAUGCGGAUAGGAGUCUAUUAAAAAAAAAAAAAAAAGUUCUGGCACUUCCUUAGUUGAUGCAUAACUCUUGCAUUAUUCAAAUUUGCAAUGCAAAUUUUACCAUUAAUCCUUUUUUUUCCCUUGCACAAAUGUAUUCCUUUGUACAAAAGAAUGCUUAAUAUUUUUUGAAAUAUUUCAAUGAACACAGACAUUUUGGAGCUUUUGACAAAUCAAACCCCUAAGAUCUGAUUUGUGUCAAUGGAUAUUAGACCUGACACCAAACAGCAGUCUACUUCAGUCACACCAUUCCAUGCUGGGAGUCCAGUUUAACAAUUUGAGUUUAUUUUUGUUGAAACAGUUACUUAACUCUCAUCUGGGUUUUACAUAAUUGUUCCCACACAGAUACCAUGCUUUCACUGCCUGCUGUCUGCUUUCCCAUAUUUACACCACAUGCCACGUUAGUGUCCCUUAGCUUACUUCAAAAUUACAUCUGCUAAGUCAUUUUAUAGUUACAUACUCAUUUUCCUUCAUUAUAUGUUUGGGUUGUAGUUGCUGACAUUUUCAUUUAGAGAUAAAUGUACAGUCAGUCUUUAAACUGUAGACUGACUCAAAAUGAAUAUUCCCUUCGUUUAAAAAGUUGGGAUAGACGACAGAUAGAUGGCAGUCUUUUGGUGUUAACUGAAGUAUUUUAGCUUCAGUACUUACCUUCAGUAACUCUGACAUCCAAAGUUAGAGGACUAAGGCUGUUUGUGUUUAUCUCAUUUACUACAUUUCACUGUCUACAGAGGGAUAACAGUGUCCUCAUCAUUUUUAACUGUUGCUUUUGCCUACAAAACAAGACAGUGAGUUUGAAACUAACAUGCAGGAUUCAUUCACGACUCCGAGACAUACACUAUUUGAAGUCUUUGUAUGCGAUAGGAUGAUUCAAAUCAAGCUACGCAGAACCGUCAGGAGACAUAUGAAAAAGGCUGAAUCAGUGGAACACCACAUCAAGCACUUGAUAUCAAUGUGAGACUGAAAAACGCUCAUGAUUACACACAAGGGUAACUGAAGGAUGAAUAGGAAGAUGUGUACAGUAUACACGGGGAGAAUGAUUAUACAAAUAAAAUUGAGAAGUUGAAUUGUUAACCCCAAAGAAGGU